AUGAAGAUAAUUGCACAGGUACUAUUACUUGUGAUAUUGUCUUUUCUGCUAUACUGCGGAAAUGGAAUUGAAACAUCUACACAUAGCAUCAAGUACAAAGUACCUGAAAAACAACCUCACCGAACUUCUUAUCACUUUCAGCCCCAACAAAAUUGGAUGAACGAUCCAAAUGGACCUAUGUUCUACAAAGGUGUUUACCACCUUUUCUACCAACAUAAUCCUGAAGCAGCAACUUUUGGUGAUAGGAUUGUUUGGGGUCACUCUAUAUCCUAUGAUCUCAUCAAUUGGAUUCAUCUGAAUAAUACUAUUGAACCAAGUGAACCAUUUGACAUUAAUAGCUGCUGGUCAGGCUCUGCCACUGUGAUCCCAGGUGAAGAAGAACAACCUGUGAUUUUGUACACUGGGAUUGAUGAUAAAAAACAUCAAGUUCAGAACUUAGCUAUACCAAAGAAUCUAUCAGACCCCUUCUUAAGGGAAUGGACCAAGCACCCUCAGAACCCUGUGAUGACUCCACCUAGUGGAGUUGAAGUGGAUAAUUUCAGAGACCCUUCAACUGCUUGGCAAGGAAAAGAUGGAAAAUGGAGGGUAGUCGUUGGUGCUCAAAAUGGUGAUGAAGGAAAGACCAUUCUCUACCAAAGUGAGGAUUUUGUUAAUUGGAAAGUGGAUCCUAAUCCUUUUUAUGCAUCGGAUAAUACUGGAGUUUGUGAGUGUCCAGAUUUCUUUCCUGUGUACAUAAAUGGCAGCACAAUUGGAGUGGAUACAUCUGUGCAAAAUCCUAGUGUUAGACAUGUCUUGAAAAUAAGCUAUCUAAGCAAACAUCAUGAUUAUUAUUUUCUUGGUAAAUAUGUCUCUGAUGAGGAAAACUUUAUUCCUGAUGUCAGAUUUACAGGAACUAGUUUGGACUUAAGGUAUGACUAUGGUAAAUUUUAUGCUUCCAAGUCAUUUUUUGAUUAUGACAAAAACAGGAGGAUAUUGUGGGGAUGGGUGAACGAAUCUGACACCACACAAAAUGACUUUGAGAAAGGAUGGGCUGGUCUACAGUCAAUUCCAAGGCAAGUUUGGCUUGAUAAAAGUGGGAAGCGAUUGGUGCAAUGGCCAAUUGAAGAGGUAGGAGAACUACGUGGCAAGCAAGUCAGCAUAACAGGAGAAAAACUCAUCAGUGGAUCAACUCUUGAAGUCUCAGGUAUCACAACAUCACAGGCCGAUGUAGAAGUGUUGUUUGAGCUACCUGAACUAGAAAGUGCAGAGUUUUUAGAUCCCAAUGGAGUUGAUCCCCAACUACUAUGUAGCCAAGAAUAUGCAUCAAGAAGUGGCAUAAUAGGACCAUUUGGUUUGUUAGCUUUAGCUUCAAAGGAUCUCAAAGAGCAUACUUCAAUCUUCUUCAGAAUAUAUAGAGCUCCCAAUAGAUACAUAUGCCUCAUGUGCAGUGACCAAAGCAGGUCCUCAUUGAGGCAAGACCUUGACAAAACCACAUACGGAACAAUCUUUGACAUAGAUCCCAAUCUCAAAAGCAUUUCACUUAGAAGUUUGAUUGACCACUCCAUUAUUGAGAGUUUUGGGGAUGAAGGGCGAGCUUGCAUCACAAGUAGAGUGUAUCCAUCAUUGGCUAUAGACAAAGAUGCCCAUCUUUAUGCAUUUAACUAUGGAAGACAGGGUGUGCUUAUCUCAAAACUGAAUGCAUGGAGCAUGAAGCAAGCAGAUAUUGGUUAUGAGGGAAAUACAUGCUAUGCUUAA